GCAGCCGUGAGCUGAGUCUCCAGUCGUCCGGGUCUCUACUGGGAGCUGAUGGCGGCGGUGGAACGCACGCCGCCCAGCAUGGGGAUCAGAUGGACACAGGGAGGACAUCCACAGCUAGAGGAUCCUCUCACAGAAACCUCAUGUCGCAACAACUGCGGCGGAUGAGGAUUUGGUGCAGUUAAUGCUGUCUCGCUGGAGGGACCCGAUCUUUGGCCUGGAUGAAGCUAAGGAUGAACGAUAUGAAGUCUUCCUGUCCUUUCCAGAUGAUAAGAUUCCAAACAGCGUCAGAGUUGUGAGCUCUGAUGGUAACCCUCUGUUUACAUCAAUACCAGCCGAGGAUGGACUCACCGCCGACCAGAGGGAUCCAACCAUUCUAAAACCCUUUGUUGCAUUUGCUCCCAAUGGAACAGCCAAGGGAAAACUUGUUUAUGCAAAUCAAGGCAGAAUAAGUGAUUUUCAACACCUGCUGGAUAAUUCUAUAGAUCUGAACAACACCAUCGCAAUCGUUCGCUACGGUGGGAUUGGCAGAGUUAAUAAGGCGAUAAAUGCUGCCAAAUUUGGAGUUAUUGGAGUGAUCAUUUACACUGACCCAAAAGACAUAAAUGAUGGGAAUAGCCAAGCCGCUGAUGCGUACCCCAACUCCUGGUACAUGCCGCCUUCCGGGGUAGAACGUGGUUCAUUCAAAGAGAAUUUUGGAGAUCAGCUAACGCCAUACUACCCAGCUAAAGAGUUCACGUACAGAAUUCCAGAGUCGGAGAUACAAGGCAUCUCUCACAUCCCAGCACAGCCCAUAGGGUUUGGUCAUGCCCAGGAGUUAUUAUGUGAAAUGGAUGGACCUAGUGCACCAGCCAACUGGCAGGGAUCGCUGGGGUGUACUUAUAACCUAGGACCAGGCUUCCGGCAGAGUAAAUUCAAUAACAGUGACGUCGAGGUUAACGUUUACAAUAAGCGGACGAUACGACCUUCAGCGAACGUCAUGGGGCUUAUCAGAGGAGCCGUAGAACCAGACAGGUACGUCAUGUAUGGCAACCACAGAGACAGCUGGGUACAUGGAGCCGUUGAUCCAAGCAGCGGGACAGCCGUGAUGCUGGAAAUAACCAGAAUUUUGGGCACUAAAUUGAAAUCCGGUGAAUGGCGUCCCCGGAGAUCCAUCAUUUUUGGCAGCUGGGGUGCCGAAGAGUUUGGGCUGAUUGGCUCAACAGAGUUUGCUGAGGAGUAUUACAGCAAGUUAAGAGACAGAACCGUCGCCUACAUUAAUGUGGAUAUCUCUGUGUUUGCUAACGCGACUCUGAGGGUUCAGGGGACCCCUCCAGCCCAAGCCGUGGUCUUUGCUGCAUCCAAACAGGUGAAAAACCCAUCAAACUCCCUCACGGUCUAUGAUAACUGGAAGAGUCACUCCAAUCGUACCAGCCCACAACAUGGCGUUAUUCCCCAGCUAGGGACACUGGGGAUUGGCAGUGACUACGCCCCCUUUCUACAUUACCUGGGAAUUACAUGCAUGGAUAUUGCAUACACAUAUGACACGAAAGUAACGUCGGCUCGUAUAUACCCCGCCUACCAUACAGCAUUUGACACCUUUGAUUAUACAGCUAAAUUUAUAGACCCAGGUUUCACCAGCCACCAGACGGUGGCGCGCACAGCUGGCAAUGUCCUCCUGAGACUAGCGGACAGUCUUAUCCUGCCUUUAGGAGUGAGAGACUACGUAGACACAUUGGAGAACUACUAUAAUCAGGCACUGACCUUCCAGACCAAUCUUAACAAGUAUAACAUCUCCCUAGAACCAUUAAGGGCAGCUAUUACCAGAUACAACGCAGCCGCUGAGUCUUUGGAAGAGAAAAUUAAACAUCUUCAGGGUACAGAUAAGAGGCCACUCGAGAUCCGAAUGAUAAAUGACCAACUAAUGCUGCUGGACCGAGCUUUCAUCAAUCACUUGGCUUUCCCAGGCCGGUUGUAUUUCAGUCACGUUCUCUAUGCCACCCGAGUUUCCAGUUCCGUGGCAACCUUUCCCGGUCUUGCAGAUGCCUACCAGACAGCUCUGGAAACCAACCUCCAAAAUCACUGGGAUCUUGUCCAUCAGCAGCUGACAAUCACCAUCCAGGCUGUGGAGAACGCUGCCUCAACCUUGGAGACUGUCGCCGAUAUAUAGACUGGAAAUAACUCAGACACUAUUCAGCAGAGACCUGCAGAGGACACAGACGAGUUUUCCUCUUGGGAAUCCACUCUGGGUGGCCGGUACUGAAGAAACAAACCAGCUGCCUGUUAUUCAUUAUGCCUAAUUAAUGACGUUAGCAUAGAUAAUACAACAAUGACACUGGCAGUGUGAAGGGCCUGGGAACGUUAGCUGGAGGUGGCUGUCUUGGUGGAUGUAGACCUGGGGGUCCACCCUCUUCUUGCAGUAGGGAUUCUGCAGAUUCUACAGCCAUCUGUUACUUUAGCUGAGCUCACAGUAGUAAGUCUUCAUCUAUCAUAUAAGAUCGGUGUCAUUCAUUGUCUCCCAAAGUUACAUGUCCCUAAUACCUAUUUAUACAAUAUUACCCAUAAUAUACAGUACAAUAUUUCAUUCAUCCUGCCCGGUAAAGCUGCAUGGCAAUCACCGGGGUUCACAUACGGACCUGGAACCAAAACUACUGUAUGCACUGUUUACCCAACACGUGGCACCCUGGUUUAUAGAUGUUACUAUUAGAAAUUGUUUUUUAUAUAUACUGUAUAUAGUGUCUAAGGGAUCUAUUCAUGAAGUAGUGAAAAGUGUAGAGAAGUGAGC